AUGAAGCAGGAGAGCCAGGAACCCUUUGAGGAAUUCGUGUUCCGCCUCAAAGAUCAGGCAAACCGAUGCCAAUUUAGUGACGUGGACGAUGCGAUCGUGGACCAGAUCAUAGAAGGCUGCAUCUCACCGGAGCUGAGGAAAAAGUUGUUGACUGAAGAUCUCAACUUGCACGAAACAACCGUCCUGGGCAAAACUCUGGAGGAAGUUCAAAAGCAGACAAAAGAAUACGCGAAACCGUCGACAUCUGGAUUGUCUAGCCUGGAAGGAACGGUACAGAAGAUCAACGAUAAGUUUGCCAGCAAGCAGAGGACAUCGAUUACAAACACCCGAAAAUGCUAUAACUGCAACAAAGCCGGCCACGUAGCGAAGGAUCUCGAUAAAUGUCCAGCACGAAAUGUAGCUUGUCACUCUUGCGGAUGUGUAGGACAUUUUGCCGUAUGUUGUAGGAAACGAAGAUACGAGCCAGGACCUUCCACGAUUCCGGAGAAAAAGGCUAGAGUUCACGCUAUCGUGUCACCGCAGGAUAAACGAGAUGGAGUUUUCUUUGUACGUACAGGAGAAGAACUUGACGAGGUUCUGUUGCUUGAUCUGGGAGGAGUUCGAGCGAAAAUGCUAGUGGACUCCGGAUCUCCGGCGAAUAUAAUCAACCUAGAGACCUAUACACAUCUGAAAGCAAACCGAGCAGCUAUGGUGAAUGACAGAACACCGCGACAGGAAGAACUGAAGCUGAAACCUUUUGCAUCGGAUGAGGAAAUACGGUUCAGCAGAGUCUUCGAAGUUGAAAUAAAGGUUCCGGAUGAAGAAAGUGGAAUUUGGGCCCAUGUUCUAGUAGCUCCAGAAGGCCAAGUUAAUCUCCUGAGCAAAGGGACGGCAUUUGCGCUGGGAGUUCUUAAGAUCGGUUACAAGGUGAAUCGCCUAACUGAUUCAGCAAUCACCUGCACCGACGAAUUUCCGAAAAUUCCGAACACGAUGCUGAAAAUCCAGGUCGACAAAACAGUUCAUCCCGUAGUCCAACCAGUUCGACGAUUUCCGAUCGCUAUGGAAGCAGAUGUGGAGGAUGCGAUUAACGAUUUGGUCAAAAAGAAGAUCGUAGAAAGAGCGGAUGGACCUUUGACCUGGGUGUCUCCGUUAGUACCCAUCAGAAAGACGGACGGGAAAAUUCGGCUAUGCGUGGAUAUGCGAGCGGCUAAUCGGGCGGUCAUAAGGGAGAAUUAUCCCAUGCCAAAUAUUGACAGCGCAAUGGCAACGAUUACUAAGAGAUAUUACUACGUUUGUAGCAAGAAGUGGUGCCUCAUGUUUGGGAUAAAAUCUGCUCCAGAGUUGUUCCAACGUGAGAUGGAAUCCGUAUUUAGGGGCAUCGAGGGUCUAAUCGUCUAUAUGGAUGAUUUGUUGCUACAUGGCGAGACUGAGGAAGCACAUGAUCGUACUCUGGAGGAAGUGAUGAAGCGAAUCGCGGAGAUGAAACUGAAAAUUAAUGAGCAGAAAUCGGUAUUCGGCGUGAGCGAACUUUCUUUCCUGGGAUACCACAUCUCCGAAGAUGGCAUUCGACCCACAGGCGAUAAAAUCCAGGCCAUACAAAAUUUGCAACCACCAAAAUCUGUUUCUGACCUAAGAUCUCUCUUGGGAUUGAUCAAUUUCCUGGGCAGAUUCGUUCCUAAUUUGGCAGAUUUGACUUUUCACAUGCGCCAGCUGCUUGUGAAAGGUACCCCAUUCGAAUGGAAGGCAUCACACGACCAGGAACUCAACAAACUAAAGGAACUUCUGGGAAAGGUGGAUUCGUUGGCCUUCUUUGACCCGACAGACGAAACCUUACUGGUUACCGACGCCAGUCCAGUUGGGCUUGGUGCCAUACUGAUCCAGAUUAAGAAUGGCUCUCCUAGACCAAUAUCGUGUGUAUCCAAAAGUUUGACAGCAUGCGAAAAAAAGUACUGUCAGACUGAAAAAGAGUGUUACGCUAUUAUUUGGGCUAUGGAGAAGUUGUUCAUGUACCUCUACGGACUACAUUUUACACUCAUCACUGAUUGUAAGCCCCUGGAGUACCUCUUUAAUAGGGCACAAUCUAAACCGUCAGCUAGGAUUGAGCGCUGGAUUCUCAGACUGCAAAGCUUCGACUUCACGGUUAGAUACGAACCGGGUGAAAACAAUCUAGCUGACUCUCUAUCCCGACUUUCGCAGAUAGACCAUGUUUCAGAAGAAGGCUCGGAUGUGAUCGCUUGGUUAUCCGAAGAAAUCAAACCAUCGGCGAUAUCAAUUGAAGAAAUCGGUAAAGCAACCAUUGAAGAUGACGAGCUGCAAAGAGUGAAGGAGGCCAUUUGCUCAGAGGAUUGGGAAGGUGUACCAGCCGAGUAUAAGACAGCGACUGUUCGCAGUGAGCUUAGUUUGUAUGAUGACCUAGUGCUUCGAGGCGACAGGAUCGUGAUUCCCGGACAAUUACAAGCAAAAGUAAUUGACAUUGCCCACUUGGGACACCAGGGCUCCACUGCAAUGAAAGCUCAACUUCGAGCCAAAGUCUGGUUUCCUCAGAUGGACAAAGUAGUAGAGUCGACUGUCCGGAACUGUAAGCCCUGCAUCAUGACAUCGAUCCCUGAUAAGCCGAACCCGCUGUCCCGACGACUUCCGACGGAGCCAUGGCAGGACCUCGCCAUAGAUUUUAAAGAAGGACUGCCGGAUGGUUUGUCGUUGCUGGUAGUGGUAUGUUAUACUUGUCGGUUCGUUCAAGUUGAACCAAUGAAACCAGUGACAACACAACGUGUCAUUGGAGCAUUACUGAGAAUGUUCAGUUCUUUUGGAAUCCCGCGGUCAAUUACGGCAGACAAUGGACCGCAAUUCAGAGCUGCAGAGUUUUCGAAGUUUUGUAACUGCUACGGGAUUCAUCUCAACCUAUCAACACCAUACUGGCCAGAGCAAAAUGGUGCUGUGGAGCGCCAAAUGAGGAACAUUGGCAAAAGGUUGAAGAUCAGUGCGAUACAAGAUACCAACUGGAAGACGGAUUUAUACGAAUACCUUACACUGUACCAUGCAACUCCACAGGAGACCACCGGUUUAUCUCCUGGACAGAUGAUGUUUGGUAGAGAUAUACGGACUCGCAUACCUUCGAUCUAUCAACCACCGAAACUGAGAUGGGAAGCAGCAAAGGAUAGGGACAUGAUGAUGAAAGAAAACCAUCAACGAUAUGCUAAUGAAGAACGUAAUACAAAGGAGCAUAAUCUGAAGAGGGGAGACGUUGUACUGAUGCGUGAUCUCAAUCCGGGAGCCAUGCAGCCAAACUUCAGACAGGAAGAGUUUCAGGUAACACAGGUGGAUAAGGGAGCAGUCACUGUGAAAUCGACGAAUACUGGGAAGGUAUACUUGCGGAACAGCACACAUCUUAAGAAACUUAAGGACGCCUGCUCUGAGGAAGAUGCUACGGCACAGCCAAAUGACUACAAUGGUUCAAACGAGGGUGGCCCACAGGAUGAUGAUAGAUAUUCAGGAACAUCAUGUGAGGCUGCCGGACAGGUGGAUUCGAAUACGGAUGACACUGCAGACAAAUGUGAUCAGCGACCCAAACGUGCCAGCAGACUACCGAAUAAGUUUCAGGAUUUUGUGAUGAAUAUUGACGAGCAGAAAGGCUAA